AUGAUUAAGAUCACCCAAAGAGAAGCGUGGGGACAGGAAAAGAGCAGGACCCGGAGUGCGCGGCAUAGUAUAGCCAGCGUCACCAUUUCACGAGGACUGCGCCUGUACCUCUGGCUACCAGAGAGGCCUGAGGACCACUUAAAAGGCCACGCUGAUGUGCCACAGGGACGACCUCCUUUCCGCCCUCGGAUUGGGCUCACGAACGUGAGACAGGCUCUCCCAUUGGUGGAUGGCGCUGUCAGUUGGCCCCGGGCUCUGAGCCCGGAGCUUGUUGGGAAAUGUAGGAGGCGUUUUCCUAAUUCCGGAGGCGCCUCCUGGGCUAGAGACAUCUCUUCCCGACACUGCUGUGUGCUUGUGAGGGUUCCCUCGGGGACUCCGGAGCGGGUUUCAGUUCAGGAGUCUCUCAGGCCUAGCGUGCCGUUUACCAGAGCUCCACGGCUUAAGAGCUUCUGGCAUUUUCCCGAAUUCUUCUGUUACUUGUAUUUAAUAAACACAUCAACUCUCAAGAUGAUCCAAAAUGUUGGCUUAAGAAGGAGCCCUUUGUCUGAAACACGUUUGGCCCGCAUAGCUUCCAGGCUCACUCCCUGCCAGAAUGGAAAUUCUGGUGUGACAAAGCCCUCUACUCUUCAGUGUUCCAUCAAGAAGACGCAAGAGUGGUACUGUCUGGAGUGCUAG